GCAGCUCAGUUUCUGCUUCCCGACAUCACUGCAGUUGCAAGCAAGCUAUCGUUCGCCACCAUGGUGCAGUGGUCAGCUGAAGAGAAGCAGCUCAUUACCAGCAUAUGGGGCAGGAUUAAUGUGGAGGAAGUUGGUGGGGAUGCCCUGGCCAGGCUGCUCAUCGUCUACCCCUGGACCCAGAGGUUCUUCUCCAACUUCGGGAACCUCUCCAGCCCCACCGCCAUCAUAAACAACCCCAAGGUGCGUGCCCAUGGCAAGAAGGUGCUCACCUCCUUCGGGGACGCCGUGAAGAACCUGGACAACGUCAAGGGCACGUUUGCCAAGCUGAGCGAGCUGCACUGCGACAAGCUGCAUGUGGACCCUGAAAACUUCCGGCUCCUGGGAGACAUCCUCAACAUUGUGCUGGCGGCCAACUUGGGCAAGGAGUUCACCCCCUCCUGCCAGGCCACCUGGCAGAAGCUGGUGGGGGUGGUGGCUCACGCGCUGGCCCGCAAGUACCACUAAGCCUUCGGACUGGGGGAAAUGCAUGCUGCCAAGAUCCUGCUUUCUUCUGCACUCCUCUGACCCUCUGAAAAUCCCCCUAGGGCUCUGCAUGGCUAUGACAGUUAAAUAAAAGCUUUUUGCUGAA